AGCGACGGGCACUUCCGGCACUUCCGGUGCGACGGCUGAGGGGAGCGGAGCGGGCAGCAAUGCCGGAGAGGGACGGUGAACCGUUCUCCAACCCCCUGGCCCCCGAUGGCCACGAUGUGGACGACGCUCACUCCUUCCACCAGUCCAAACUCACCAAUGAAGACUUUCGAAAGCUUCUCAUGACCCCGCGGGCGACGCCAACAUCAGCGCCGCCGUCAAAAUCUCGCCACCAUGAGAUGCCCCGGGAGUACAAUGAAGAUGAAGAUCCAGCUGCUCGUAGAAGGAAGAAGAAAAGCUAUUAUGCAAAGCUGCGCCAGCAGGAGAUAGAGCGUGAAAGAGAGUUGGCUGAGAAGUACAGGGAUCGAGCCAAGGAGAGAAGAGAUGGUGUGAACAAGGACUACGAGGAAACAGAGCUGAUCAGCACAACUGCAAACUACAGGGCUGUGGGGCCCACUGCAGAGGCGGAUAAAUCUGCUGCAGAGAAGAGGAGACAGUUGAUCCAAGAGUCCAAGUUCUUGGGUGGUGACAUGGAGCACACUCACUUGGUGAAGGGUCUGGACUUUGCCCUGCUGCAGAAGGUACGGGCUGAGAUUGCCAGCAAGGAGAAGGAAGAAGAGGAAAUGAUGGAGAAGCCUCAGAAAGAAACCAAGAAAGAUGAAGAUCCUGAGAACAAGAUUGAAUUUAAGACUCGGUUGGGUCGAAAUAUCUACCGCAUCCUGUUCAAGAACAAAGCCUACGAGAGGAAUGAGCUGUUCCUGCCAGGGAGGAUGGCCUACGUGGUAGAUCUGGAUGACGAGUACGCUGACACCGAUAUUCCCACCACGCUGAUCCGGAGCAAGGCCGACUGCCCCACCAUGGAGGCACAGACUACGCUGACCACAAAUGACAUCGUCAUCAGCAAGCUGACACAGAUCCUCUCUUAUCUCAGGCAAGGAACCCGCAACAAGAAGCUCAAGAAGAAAGAUAAAGGGAAGCUGGAUGAGAAGAAACCCCCUGAAGCUGAUAUGAACAUCUUUGAAGACAUUGGGGAUUAUGUCCCAUCCACUGCAAAGAUGCCACGGGAUAAGGAGCGGGAGAGAUACCGCGAGAGAGAGCGGGACAGGGAGCGGGACCGGGACAGGGAGCGCGAGAGGGAGCGGGAGGAGGAGAAGAAGAGGCACAGCUACUUUGAGAAGCCCAAGGCUGAUGACGAGCCCGCAGACAUUGACAAAGGACCUGGCUCUGCCAAGGAGCUCAUCAAGUCCAUCAACGAGAAGUUUGCUGGAGCUGCUGGCUGGGAAGGAACAGAGACAUUGAAGAAGCCAGAAGACAAGAAGCAGCUGGGAGACUUCUUCGGCAUGUCCAACAGCUAUGCAGAGUGCUACCCUGCUACAAUGGAUGAUAUGGCUGUGGACAGUGAUGAAGAGGUAGACUACAGCAAGAUGGAUCAGGGUAACAAGAAGGGGCCUUUGGGCCGCUGGGACUUCGAUACCCAGGAGGAAUACAGUGAAUACAUGAACAACAAAGAGGCUCUGCCCAAGGCAGCCUUCCAGUACGGGAUCAAAAUGUCUGAGGGACGCAAAACCCGUCGCUUCAAGGAGACGAAUGACAAGGCGGAGCUGGACCGGCAGUGGAAGAAGAUCAGUGCAAUCAUUGAGAAGAGGAAGAAACUGGAGGCUGAUGGGGUGGAAGUGAAAAGGCCCAAGUACUGAGGCUGUAGCUGCCUGCCUACAUCUGAUCCUUCUGCUCCUGGAGCCUCGUCCUGCUGGAUGCAGUGUUCCCAGAGCGCAGGCGUGCCUCAGCGGGCUGCCCCUCCUUCACCCCCACACUGGCUGACUUCCUGCUCCGGGCAGCACGCAGAGCCCCAGCCUCGUGCUGUGGGGCUGUGCUGGGGCUCUCUCCUCGAGUUUGUUGUACAGCUUGUGAUUUGCAACCCUCGUAGACGUAAUAAAAUUACAUUCAAGG